AACAGAGACAAGUGAAAUCUGACAUGGCGACUAUGGCUUCUUUUCAUAAUAAAUUAAUGAAUUUAGAGGCUCGUUUACGAGCUGAAAAUGAAGCUAGAAGCAAAGAUAAACUUCCAAGAGAUUUAACAUCGGGUUUUACAAGUCCUCAACAUACACCUCGACCGAAACUAAAAACUCUUCCAAUUGGGGAAUUUGGUUCUCCUGGUCGGCCAUCUUCAGCUGGUCGGAAUAGAAAGCAGUUUGUCUUGCCACAACCAACACCAAGCAUGAAAUCAUCAGACACUGGUAUGAAUGAAACAGAUUGGAAAUUGCAAGAAAUUAUGAAACAAGCAAAUAUUUUGACCAUAAAUUCAAUCAAAUACAGAUCUGAUAUGAGGGAUUUGGAGCAUCUUGGGGAGCUUGGAACUGGAACCUGUGGCCAUGUAGUUAAAAUGCGUCACAUCCCUUCAAACACAGUUAUAGCUGUAAAACAAAUGAGACGAUCUGGAAACAAAGAAGAAAACAAGCGUAUCACCAUGGACUUGGAUGUUGUUCUGAGAUGCCAUGACUGUCCCCACAUUGUACAAUGUUAUGGUUAUUUUAUAACUGAAUCAGAUGUCUGGAUCUGCAUGGAAUUGAUGGCAACAUGUUUAGACAAACUGCUAAAACGCCUGCAGGCACCCAUUCCAGAGCAGAUUUUAGGAAAGAUGGCUGUUGCGAUUGUCAAGGCCUUGCACUAUCUGAAAGAAAAGCAUGGAGUCAUACACAGAGAUGUAAAGCCAUCUAAUAUUCUUUUAGACGAGAAUGGAACAGUGAAACUGUGUGAUUUUGGUAUCAGCGGCCGAUUAGUGGACUCGAAGGCUAAGACGAGGUCUGCUGGCUGUGCUGCUUACAUGGCUCCUGAAAGAAUAGAUCCACCUGACCCAGAGCGUCCUGACUAUGAUAUAAGAGCAGAUGUAUGGAGUCUUGGGAUAUCACUUGUUGAACUUGCCACUGGUAAAUUUCCAUACCAGGAUUGUAAAACAGACUUUGAAGUUUUGAGUAAAGUUUUACAAGAAGAUCCACCAAGAUUGCCUACAAAUAUGGGAUUUUCUUUAGAUUUUUGCUCUUUUGUACAAGUUUGUUUAACGAAAGACUACAAAAAAAGACCCAAAUAUCGAGAACUUCUGGAGCAUAAUUUCAUCAAAAGGUAUGAAAGAGCAAAUGUUGAUGUUGCAGCUUGGUUUGCUACUGUCAUGCAAAAAGGCACCCCUCGAACUUUCCGAUUUAGGUACAAAUGAUAUCACUUCAUGAUUUGUUAUGAAAACUCAAAAAUGUCUCCAUAUUGUUGCCAAAUUUUGUCUCAAAAUCAUCUAGUUCCUGUUAAAGGAAAUGGCAGAUGCAGAAAACAGAAGUGUUGCAUUUUGAGGCCUUUUCUGUGACUAUUUUGAGUAUUGAAAACUGUGGCAGUGGAUAACUCAGAUUUUCAGGGCAGCUCACAUGAGGCCAAAACAAAAUGAUUAAUAAUUUGGAGAGUAGUGUAUUUUGAUGGAUGUUUGUGUUGAAAAUAAUAGAAAUGUAAAUAUAGGAAUGUUUAUUCUAUUAAGUGCCACUUCUUAGUGUCAUAUCAAUAAAAUUUGUGAUAUGCUGCCCCCAGGGUAGAUUUUGAGUGCUUUGCCUGUGUAAAAAGUGUCAUUGUUCUUGUGCUUAACAUAUUUUUAUAUGCUAAUAUUAUGUGCAUACUUUGCUCUGUAUUUCUUUAUUAGAAACAGGUUUUUAUAAAGUUAUUUGAUUAUUUAUGUUCACCUGUGUUUUUUUUUUUUAAUGAAUAAUAUUCCUAGUUCAUAUAAAGUAAUAGUUUUUUUAUUUAUUUAUUUGCUACUCCCUUUGUUUAAAAAUAUAUAUAAUAAGCAUUUUAAAAUAAAUUUGUGCUAAAAUCAUGUUACAUAUUUUCAAUUAAUGCACUGUUAACUGUCCCUCUAUAAUAUGAGUCCUUCUUAUUGAUAUGAGUGGUUUCAGUUAAAUGUUUUGAUUUUUCCCCCCUUACAAUUCAACACAACCUUUAUCACUUUAUAAAUAUAAAGGGUAUUAUUGUAUGCAAAAUGAAAUUACUUUUUAUUUCAGUUUUCUGAAUUUGAAUCCUACAGCCCAAAACAAAUGAUAAUUGAAUUUUCGUUAUAAUUUUUAAUAUAUUUAUAAUACAGAGGGAGUUUUGUAAACACUGCACCAUUUUGAUUUAAAUCCUGAAAUGCCUGUGGUGUCUUUAAAUAUAGGAAACAAAUGCUCCAGCUGUGAGCUUUGUGCAGCAACUGACAACAUUUUAACAUUACAUACACAAGCUUGUUUUAGAAAAGUGCAUUUUUAUGUAGCAACUUAUUGCUGUCACAUGGCAUGCUUGUUUGUAUUAAUUAAUUUAUUUAUUUUUGUUUGUGUAAUAUGCAGGGUAGUAUGUUUAUAUGAACAGCAAAAGAUGGUGCUACAAUACUUUUUGUUAUUCUCAUAAGAAGCAUGUCUCCAUCCCUGAACAACUGACAAAUAUGUGUGUAAUCAACAUGUGGGUUUAUUCAAAAAGAAAUAAUAGGUUUAAAAUAUAUUUUUCUAAUGAUCAGUGGAUAGACAAAAGUUUUAUCCUAUGCUUUCUACAUAAGUGCCAUUUACUAUGUAGCAAAAGUUGAAUCAGGUUCCAUUUUUUGCUACUGUUGAAAAAAUUGGUCCCUAGUUAUUGAACUCGCUGCUGAAAAAAUUGGAUCUUCAGGACAAGCAGGCACAAGUUUAAAACGUAUAUCAUACCAUUGGUUAAGAAAUUCUGUUCUUUCUGUUUAUGGAUUUCUUAUCGUUACAUUAGAAAGCAGUUUGAAUAGGUCUCGAUAUUUUCAUUUAAGGCAAUCAAUUUUUGCUUUUGAGCAAUUGUUCCUUUGCAAGUCAUCUUCUAGGGAUCUGUUGUACCAACUAUGAAUCUGUUUAUAAUGUGGGAGGUUCUAUGUUGAACUUGUAACAAAAUGCAUAGCGGUUGAUUUGUAAUAAUGGAAUUCAUUCUGUGCAGAAAACAAGAUAAUUUUUUCUGAAGAGUCCCUAUUUUCUUGUAAACAAACAACUGCACUGUUUUAACCGGAAUCAUCCAAGAGCAUGCAAAUAAAACUUUGAACUUUCCUCUGGCCAGUCAUGUAUUGUGUCUCUAUCUAAUGUCAUUCAUUAGAAAAAAAUAUUUUAAAAUGUUCUUCAUUUUGUAUUACCCUUUAAUAUAUCAAAGCUAAGAAGUACGAUUAAUUCAUUUUUGUAUUGAUGUUAAUCUAAUACUAAAUAGGUUUUGAUUUUUUUUUCUUUGUGAUCUUUAUAGCCACUCUUUUAAAUUAUUGUGUUCAAAAACUUUUCAUUGCUAUCUUUUUUUGAAAUUAAUUAUUAUAUUCAGUUAUACAGGAAAUAUUCACAUUUAAACCAAAGAAUCUUGUUAUUUUUUAAUUUGGUAGAUUUUAUAUUUUAAAUGCAUUGUUUUGCUAAAAUGGGAAGGAAUAACGUUAAGAUUGCUGGAAAUAACACUGAAUAUAUAGAGAGUAUAAUUGAAUGUUUUUAUUCCACCAUUGUAUCAUACUUAUUAAAAGCAAUACAGUAAUCUAAAUCAGUGGCAUAAAAAUUAAAUUUUUUUGUCUGUUUAGGCAGAAUUUAUCAGGUUUUCUUUUGCAUGUUUCUUUAUUUUUGGAAUGCUUGUUUUAAUUUAUAUUUUAAAGGUGACAAUAUAAAAUUAAAAUUUUUGAAAAAUAGUUUUAAAUUUUAAAAUCACAAAUUUAUAAUUUUUCUUGGAAUUCAGUUAAUAUUAAAAUUAAAAAAGUGUAUUAUUUAGAGUUUUCUACAUUUUUUAGAAGUCCUUUUGUAAAUGUUAUUGUAAUAAGAAUUAAUUUGUUUCAAUAAUAUUCCCUUCAUCCAACUUAUGGGGCCCAAUUUUCGGUUUCUCUGUAAUUUAAGAUGAAAUCGGUUUCUCUGUAAUUUAAGCUAAAGAUGAAAACUCAUUUUAUUUUAAUAAGCCUCGUAUAUUUAAUGUAUGAACAAAAAAGAUGCUGACAUUUUGGAUAAUGGCAAAAAUUGCCAUUUCCAAAAGAAAUUGCCAUAUCUCUUCAUUCUAAAUAUCAAAUUAAUUUUUUUCCUUUCUAAAAUAACUAUUUUAUUAAAUGUUUUUCAUACUGUGUAAACAUCAAAAAAAAUGUAAGGAUCAAUAUUGACUAAUGGAAUACUAUUGGUUUCACAUAAUGAAAGACAAUUUGGAAAGAAGUAGCUAAAUUCUUUCUUUGUUAUUUUGUUAUUUCGAUUUGACACUGAAUAUACCAAUAUAUGUUUUGUUAUCAAGCUAAAUAUAUAUUAAAAAACUAGUAGAGUUCUAAUCAAUAAAUGAUGGAUUCCCACAUUUCUCGGAUAUUGGACUUCUAAUUUUAGACAGAAGAAAAAAAAAAUGGUGGGUCUGUUGAAGUUGGACGGAGGGAAUGAUUCUUACAUGCAUUUCUAAUUUUAUUUUAGAAUUAUGUUUUGUAAGAGUAGAAUUAUAUUCACUUCUGCUACAUAAUGGUCACAUUGAUAAUAAAGGAAACCAUUUGUGCCAUACUUACGUUCUGUACCUGUUGAACUGUUUCUAUAUAUGCUCUAUUUUUCUUUUCUGAAAGAAAAAAAUAGAUGCAAUUUCUUUUCGGCCUUUUGUAGAAGUUGCAUGUGCAGACUUUAAUAGAUCUCCAUUUUUCUGUCUCAUAAGAGGUUAUAGAAAUUAUAUAAGAGUCUGUUUGUUAUUUGUUUUUAUAUUUAAAAACAUAUUGUACAAAUUGUGAAUAAGUGUGUAAAGAAUUAACGAGGAAAAUCCUCUGGAAGUAUAAGUAAGAAGAAUAGUUUCUAGCUAAAUAUUAUGAAAUGAUUGAAUAAAGGAUUUUGUAUAUAGUG